AUGAGUAAAACAGCUCAAAGCAAACACACCCAAAUAGCUGAUGGCACAAGUGGUUGCAAGAGCACAUUUAUGCUAACAUUUGCCCUAGAAAUAACUGGAAUAGAUUUUUCGCAAGACUACGCUCAGGGAAGACUAAAACUUGGUCCUUAUCAACAAGCCGUGAAGCUGCAGUAUCAGCUGUAUCCUGGACAAUCUUUUGAGUUAGAUGUACUUAUUUGGGCUCAAGUAGCUAAGAUUUGGUGCGGAAACCAGUAUACCUUUGUACGAAUAUGGCCAUUUUUAGAAAAAAGAUGGGUAACCUUUUCCAUUCGACACGUUUUUCCAGUAAAAGUACAUACUAUGAUAAAUCACGUUGCAACGGUCUCAUGCAUUAUGGGAUCUGGAAGUCUCUGUACGAAUGCAAAGAACGAUAAAACGUCCGAAGUUAUAUUGCCAACCUUAAAAUUUGGAGAGCGUCGAUAUUUUGGACCAGUUUUAGAAACUGAAGAAACCAUUGAACAGUUUAUAGAGAACUUUUUAUGGAAUCUCGUCCAGGAACACAUACCUUCAUCUUAUUUAGAUGGAUUGUUUGAUACACCUUGUAAUACUACAGAUAUAAGGCACCAAGAUACAAUAUUAUCUAAGGUACAGGAAAAUAUAUUGAGUAAAACUCAGGUAGUUGAGGAUGAAGAAUUUCCCGUUGAGCCUGAAGAAUCAUUUGUAAAGACAAAAGUAAGGCGAGAACCAAAAAUAUCUAAAGAAAAGGAAAGGAAUAGAAUAGUUGAAGACAAUAAAGAAAAAUUCACCAUUUUUCUAUCUGGAGAUACUAUUUUAGCGGGAUCGGGACGAAUCAUUGCCUUUGAAAGUAUCGGUGAGCGUCCUGCAGAACAGUGUAAAAUCAUAGCGCAAAUUUCUAGUCAUAAUCUACCAGCAGAAGAUGACCAACCAAUAAUAUUUAUUAACGUAGAGACUUUAAAUGAUAUCCCUAUCCAAUUACUUAAAAAGACAAGAAUUUCACAAAUAUUCACUCGUUGGAAAAUUGGGGAAGAAGAACAUAGCUCCAUAAAACAGAAUGCAAGAUUAUUCACUGGUGUUAAAAUUAAUGACCAUCACACCGUACCUCUUCAAUUUUCUAAUGCAUCUGAAAUAACUGCAUCUUUUUUAGACAAUCCACUUGAAAUAGAGCUGUAUGGUGUACGCCAAUCAAAAUCAUCAUAUUAUAAUCCGAUAUUAUUUGGAAAUGAAAAACUUGAUUGUAAUUUUGGGUUCACCUUACCUUCCAACGCUAACACUAGGAGUCAUGAAGAAGUAGUGCCAAUUGCUGUAACUAAAAUUGAUGCAAGCUCAUUAGCCAAAGAAACUAACGGAAUCAUUAGAGGAGAGUUUUGUCUAUAUCCUGUGAACGUUUCUGUUACGGACAGAAGUCGGGAAGAUAGUUGUACAAAUGAUAUUAAUGGAAUAAAAAAAUCAAUUAAACCUGACAUUAUCAUACAGCCUUCGGAAAUCUUACAAGCACAGAUGACUCUAGAGGUAUCAAUAGGUAUAGUUGGAUGUCGGCCACAUAGUUUAGCUCAUAGCUAUCUCAGAUUUUAUUGCUGUGCAAGUGACACACAAGCUACAAAUUCUUUGUUACAAAAAAUCAAAGAAAUUAAUAAAAAUCUCAUUGCGACAAAGGAUAUAAAUGAAUUGUUAACAGGAUUUGCCUUAGACACAAUUCAUGAGGUAAUAUUUUAUGUUGAAGGCCAAAGAGACGGACCAAUAUUAAGAGUUUGGGAGUUUACCGAAGAUUUUUAUCCUCGAAUGAAGCCAUUAUUCUCAUGUUCAGAUUAUCAUCGCGAUAGAAUUUAUUCUGAAAUGCUAUCAUCCGCCACACCAUUUUAUGUUCUGAAAAUGUCAGUCCCAAUAAACACUCUCUUAGCUUGUCCACAAGUAUAUGUCAAGCCUUCAUUGCCAUUGCCGACUAGAUCUGCCUUGUUAAAAGUUGGUCGCUUGAUUGCAAGCAAAUUCAAGUUAGCUCCUUACAAAAAUGAAAUGCCGACUUACGAUGAACUAAAUAGUUUUAGGCUUGAGUUAUGCAUUCCACCUCGCUGUAAUUGGAAACCUGCAAUAAUUUAAGAAGCAAUGCGUAUCUCAAG